AUGCCGCAACUUAAGGUAACUUACAAUGAGGAAGUGAUAAGUUAUUCGAUUCUUUGUUCGAAAGUGCGGAGCGACGGCGCUUCUUGCCUACCGGAUGUGUUCCUCAUGUCGCGCAGCAACUACUUGUCAUCAUCAUAUCCCGUCCAGUACCCCAUAUGGCAUUUUUCCAUUUACAAUAAAAAAUCAACACUUUUUUUCCCAAAUCGAGCUUUCUCGAGUAAAAAUUGUGCUUUCAGCAGUUCUCAGUCUGUUUUCACUGGUUCCAUCUUUGGCGCGGUUCGCACAGUCAACGCAAAUUCGGGAAUUUUACGCUCCGCUCGACUGGUGCGAAUGAUUUUCAGUUUUCCGCCUCCAUAUCGUAUCACUUCAUUUGAAGAGAUCUGGGAUCGCUACUUGAACAGCAUUGGCGAUGCGCCAAAUGUACGAGUGACUUACUGGAGUAGCAGCCAGUAUGAAAAAGACAUGAAAAUGACUGCGGGACGAACGCGCAGAUUACUUCCACUAUUAGCACUGAGUUUGGUAGUGUUCUGCUGUCUGAGUUCGAUGAAGUGCCGUUGUAGUUUCCCUUGCAUUGCGCUUCUCUCUUUUUGUGGAGUUUUAUCAGCUGGAGAGGUUGGAAUACGGAUGAAAUUUUUCAUUGCAGCAAUUGGCAUCGAUGAUAUGUUCAUUAUGCUUUCCAUUUGGGAAGAAACUGUCCACGCUGCCUCAUUACGCAGCCAGGAUUCAUGCGAGCUAAUACGAAUAACAUUCCGGCUCGCAGAUUGCAGAGAUAGCAUCGUUUCGAUCCUGCUCACUACGUUCGGUAAUGUGCUCGUUUUUACGCUUGGCUCUUUCUCGCCAUUCCCAAUCAUACGUACAUUUUGCGUCUACAGCGCCGUUUCACUGCUCGUCCUCUUCAUCUUCCAAUUGACAUUGUUCGGCGCACUAUUGGCGAUUGUGGCUCGUUAUUCUGGGCUGAAUUUGGCCAGAAGUGCGCCGGUGCAACAAAGCUGCUCGCUAACAUACACUGAAGCUCGUUCGUCUGGUGAGUACUUAUUACAGUAGCUCGACCAAUUUUUAUAAAAAUUGGCCAACGCACGGGCUGCCCGUGCGAAGAUGCGUUUUUUGCAUGGUUCCCCG